GAAUCGAAGCGUGAGUGUGGCAACGUGGAUGAAGAACAGUGUGAGCCCUACAUUGAGAAAUGUACUGCCUGCCUCCCCUGGACCUCCGCUUGAACAAUCUCAGCCACAGCCAUCAAUAUCGCCUGCAAGCUGGACACCAAUGACCAGCUCCAAAGAAAACUCAUUGGACCAGACUUUUGCUGCUCCCUCGACAACUUUGGAGUGGAAAACCUCUAAAUCAGUGCCUAUUUCAGUGCUAGAGUCCCAGCAUCAUGGUUAUGUAUGCUGCUGCGUCACUAGAUGCUGCUAGAACGUCCCUGCGAGGGUGAGGGAGGGGAAUGCGCGCCUCCCUGCUGCUGCUGUGUUUUCACUGUGCGUCACAAUUUUUGUGAGAGGGUGUUGAAGAGACACCAUCAUCAUCUUGUAGUUCAGCCAGGUUGGACCGCUUAUACUUGGUGUGGAUCAACUAUACAAAAUCUUGACUAGCAUCAUGACACAGGGCAAGCCUGCGCUCGCCAGCAAGGCCCCCGGUGACUCAUCCAGUGGACAGUCCUCAGUGUCCCCAUCUCCCCCUAGUUAUGAGGAAGCUACUGCAGGUGGGGCAUGAAAAAAAAAAAAAGAAAACCACUGCAUUAGAUUUUGCAGGCGUACCUAAUAAUGUGGCUGGUUCAAGUGAACCUUGCCACAAUGACGUUGAGACGCUCACAGAGUUCACUUGGGAUGAUCGGAACAUCCGAAGGAUCUUCAUACGUAAGGUUUAUGCCAUCCUGAUGAUCCAGCUCUUAGUGACCUUUGCUAUUGUGUCUCUUUUCACUUUCUGUGAUCCAGUGAAGGACUACAUUCAAACCAACCCAGGAUGGUAUUGGGCCUCUUACGGAGUGUUUUUCGUGACAUAUUUGACUUUGUCUUGCUGCUCUGCACCGAGGAGACAAUUUCCAUGGAAUUUGAUCCUGCUCGCCAUCUUUACACUUGCUCUAUCCUACAUGACAGGGAUGUUGUCCAGCUUCUACAACACCAAGUCAGUGGUUAUGUGUUUGGGCAUCACAACUGCAGUCUGUCUCCUGGUCACAAUCUUGAGUUUCCAAACUAAGGUUGACGUGACAUCAUAUCAAGGUGUGCUCCUCAUCUUCUGUAUUGUCAUGUUUAUCUCUGGACUGGUGCUUGCUGCGGUUCUUCCAUUUCAAUAUGUACCUUGGUUGGAUACUACCUAUGCCGUUUUGGGAGCCAUAUUGUUCACCAUGUUUUUGGCAUUUGACACCCAGCUCCUCAUGGGGAACAAACGCUACACCAUCAGCCCAGAAGAGUAUAUUUUUGCUACACUCAACAUCUACCUGGAUAUAGUCUAUAUAUUCUCCUUCUUCCUCCAGAUUUUUGGAACAAGACGCGAGUAAAAUGGAAAAAAAGGCACACAUAAAAAAUAAUGGUAAAGUAUAUCAGUAUGUAACAAUAGUCAUAGCGUUUUGGUGGACCCAGAUAUUUUGUCUGACCUUGAUAUUAUUGUUAGUUGUGAGAUGUAGCUAUUAUACAACACAUCUCUCAAUAUCUGCACAAAACAAGUCUUGAAUCUCUCUUCCUCUCCAGCAUGCUUUGGACAUGUUUGGUAUGUUAGCUUGACAUCCUUGCAGUUUUCCAAUCAUAACAACAGACCUGUGUUUAUGUCUUUAGCCUGAAGUAUGCAUGUUGCAUUGCAGAUGUCAACUUAUGAGGUAUUUGAGCUACUCAGUAAAUCAGGGCAUUCCAACCGGUGGACUUGGGGUCAAAUUCGGCGCCGGAAUGACACCAUACAAAAACAUUUUUGCAACAAUUUCCUAAAAACACAGGAGUGUUCCUGUUGUAUAGAGGAACUUUGACCACUGCAAACACAUUGGCAGAUCCUUGCAUUGACAUUUUAACCUUGCUAGCAAACAAAACACUAGGGUCCAAACUUGGGAUUCGCAUAACAGGCAUUCUUCAAGGCACCCCUUUAAGUCAUCUCCUUUUUGGCAGUUACACAAAUUUUUUGUAAUGUGAUUUAUGUAACAAAGGUGUUGCUGUAGCUUGUUUACUUCAGAUGUAGUCAGUAAUCAUUUGUUCAACUUAUGCAGUUAUACUAGUAGUGUUCCUAGAGUGCUGUCAUAGAGAUGAUCUUUGACUAGUUUUCUUUGCAGAAGGUCCUUAAAAACAGCAGAGCACUCCUGUAACUGACAAAAAAACAAACGGAAAUCAAAUGUCUACUGUAGUUCUGGUUCUCCAGAUUAUACAAAGUAAAACUAAUAGUGACGGGAGAAGUCACCCCCACCGUGGUCCUUAUGUUGCUGUAAAUGUGGCCCCCAAAACAAUGUAGUUGAAUAUCCCUGCAUUGCAUCAUGCAUGACACACAAAUAAGACUGCACCAAUACAAUUGUUUGAUCAUUGCACUGAGGAUGAAAGAAGUAAUGGUUUGAAGCAGACAGUGAUUAGUUAGGUUGUUUUGAAUUUGGGAAUAUUGUACAGUAAGUAUCAAUGUUUUAUUAUUUGCUUAAUUGUCCUGAGUUGUGUUGUUUAAGUUUAGUCUGUUGUGGUCAUUACGACAGUGCCACUCUCAAAGGCCUACAUUUUUAGAAGGGGCUGAUGCUAUAUAUUUAUGAUAUUCGAAGUUUAUUUUUCUAUGACAGAAUAGUAUAUUUCAGGCAGUGUGAGUGCAGAGCAUGACAUGUAUUUGUAAGUUAAGUGGCAUUGGAAUGCACUGAACGUUGGUGCAGUGUAAAUAAGUGUGAACACUCACUUUGCAUUUCAUUGUAGUGUUAUGUGGUACAUUAAUAAAGAGUGAAUAUGUACAAAUGUGUCUAUCAUUGAUAGAAAUAUAGUUCUUCCUCAUACACACAAGAGCAUAAACUAUUCAAAAAUGACGCAUCCACACUUGUAUGGUUUACUGUGAGUCGAUGUAUUCUAGUUGGACUUGCUCGUUGAUGCUUCAGCCCACACCUUUUCAGUCAAAUAAAAAUGGUGAAUUCUGUUUUGUUUU